UUCCAUAUAAAAUCUUGUAUCAUUUUAGUGAAAAAAGAUCUUUUAUUCCACAAGGAUUGUGAUCGCAAGAUGAAUGUAUGUGUCUCGUGUAUGCGGAACUCAUAUUGCAACCCAAUUCGAUGCCAUUCCUGUGACACAAUUGUGACUCCAACAAUAGGUCAUGGUUGGGCAGCACUGCUUAUAGCUGGAAAUGAUGAAAGGGACUCUGUUGCUAAAUCAUUCACAGAUGAUGUAAAAGCCAUACACAAAGUGAUAACGUCAAAAUGUCCACUGGUGAUGGGAGUCAGUGCUGAUCAUGUGGAAACUGUUUAUCCAGAUGAACCAGGAAAGCCGGAUAGCAUGCUAGAUAAGCUAAAAAAGUCUGUUCACACUUUAAAAAAUAUUGAUGGUAUUCAGACAUUACUUGUGUAUUUCUCCGGUCAUUAUAAGCCAAACAAGGGUGGAUUUGAACUCAGUCAUUGUAAAAUGGAAGAGAGAGAACUUCAGAGAAAGUUUGAGUAUCUUUCGAAGAAAGACUUUGAAGGGGAUAUAGCAAGCAUUUUGCAUCAGCCAAAUUCUGUUGGAGAGCCGUCUUCAGUGUCGAAGCGUGUAAUAGUAUUGUUAGAUUGUUGUGAAGCUCCAGCAGUUACAACACCAUCUCAAGAGGAAAUACAUACACUGGAUAAAAACAUAACAAUUGUGCAAAUCAAUGCAUGUAGGCCAAAUCAAAAGUCUAUACAAGAACAAGAUGGAAGUGUAUUUAGAAAGUUUCUUAUUCAAGGUCUUACUAGAAAAGCUCUUGGUAAAAGAUGCCUCAAUGAUCCUGAUUGUCGUUUAGAUGAUUGCUACAUACAAGGGAAUUUUGUAACUUUUGCAAAUCUGAAUGACUACAUAUCAGAUCAUCUGAAGAGUUUUAAAACAAAGCAUUCAUUUGAUUGUGCCAUGCAUACUUACGAUGUGACUAAGAUUGAUGCCAUGAUUGGCUAUGCUAUUAACUUUAAUGCGGAUUUAGAGUUCAAAUACAAAUUUAAGGAGGCGGUGGUUGAAUAUGACGUAAUCCCACAACGAAUGUUCAGUGAGCUGCGAGAACUACAGACUUUGCUUUUUCACAAAUUCAUAAGUAAGUGUACAAGAAUAUUUUGUGAUACAUUAUUGAUUUAUUGUACCAUAACUACCAGAAGGUUAAAAGGGAAAUCACAAAUAAAUGCUUCUUCGUAUCCAUGCUUGAACUAAAACAGUUUCAGUGUGUUAUAACUAACACAGAUUAUGCCUUUUGUUUCCUUUAGAGAUGGCAGUCCUUUCAGCCGGUGAAAAAGAUGUAUCGUAACUUGCCGUUUCCGUAAAAAUGUGUAAAAACCUUCAUUGGUAGCUAGACAUAUCUUUGAUAUUCCACUAUAUAACUAAUACAUUCAAUGGAUGUACAUAUUUAAGCCCAACUAAAUAAAGUAUUUUGAAGAGUUGUCCUACUUUUUCUAGUGCCCACUAAAUUUUGGUUGAGGUUAUGAUGAAUA